UACAACAAAACAACACAAUGUACAAAUCGUUCGUUCUUUUCGCUGUUCUCGCCUUUGCCUGCUGUGUUUAUGGUAAACCCGCAGUAGUAGCCUAUAGUGCGCCAGUUGUUGCUGCUCCUGGAGUUGUAACUGCCACAAGUUCGCAGUAUAUUGCACGUAAUUUCAAUGGAGUAGCUGCUGCACCAGUAGUGGCUGCUGCAUAUACCGCCCCAGUUGCCGCUGCUUACACUGCUCCAGUCGCCGCUGCUUAUACAGCUCCAGUAGCUGCUGCCUACACUGCUCCUGUUGCCGCUGCCUACACUGGUCCAGUUGCUGCCUCUUAUGCAUCAUACUAUCCUUAUGCCGCUAGCUAUACUACAGUUUUGUAAUUUUUGUGAUUUUCUAUAGUGAUUUUGAUUAUUGAUUCUCUCA